AUGGACCAUGGAGACAGAGGGAUGGGCGUCUCUCACCUUCGCUAUGAGGACGAGGAGGACCAUCAGUCCAUCUACAUCGGUGUCCCAGUGCCUCGAGGAUAUCGACGCAAGCGCAGGCGAAGGCGUUCUAGUCGUGAGACCUCCGAUUUGGAAAGGGACAGCAGACGCUACAGUCACCAAAGACACCACGAACAUGACCGGUACAGAGACAUAGACAUUGAGGAAGGACUCAUGGAUUCAAAUGAUCAGAGUCUACAAGACAUCAACCGUACAAUGUCCCCAGCAGCAGAGCGGCUACGUUACAUCCUAAGUGAAGAAGAUGACAUGCCCACGCCGACGCUCUUCACUGAGAUGGACACUCUACAACGAGAAGGGGAUGAGCUGGAGUGGAAGGAGUCUGCCAGGUGGGUGAAGUUUGAGGAGAAGGUAGAGGAAGGAGGAGAGAGGUGGAGUAAACCACACGUGUCCACGCUGUCCCUGCACAGUCUUUUCGAGCUCAGGACGUGUCUUCAGACAGGGACGGUUCUGCUGGACCUGGAAGGCUACUCACUGCCUCAGAUAGUUGAUGACAUCAUUGAGAGACAGAUCGAGGAAGGCAUGAUCUCUCCCGACCUCAGGGACCAGAUCAGUUUCGUCCUGCUGAGGAAACAUCGACACCAGACCAAGAAGCCUAUCCACCGUUCGUUAGCCGACAUCGGCAAGUCCAGCUCCUCAACCAAUCGGAACGUGGGGCCUCGUGGUGGUCCGGGGCCAGCGCCAGGGCCGGGGCAGAUGGCCAACUUUAACCGAUCCACAGAAGACCUCCGAAUGAAACAGCAGCCAAGUAACUAUGGCCGCCUGCGUCACGCCCAGAGUAGGAGUAUGAAUGAUAUUGCAGAUACUCCCAGCACAGACCAGCUCAAAAAUAAAUUCAUGAAGAAGAUCCCCAGAGACGCUGAGGCAUCCAACGUGUUGGUGGGUGAAGUGGAUUUCCUCAACAAACCCUUUGUAGCCUUUGUCCGCCUGUCCCAAGCUACAACACUAGGAGGUCUCACUGAGGUCCCUGUACCCACCAGAUUCCUGUUUAUUCUCUUGGGCCCCCAAGGAAAGGCCAAGUCGUAUAAUGAGAUUGGCCGAGCCAUAGCAACGCUAAUGGUGGAUGACCUCUUCAGUGAUGUAGCGUACAAGGCCAGAGAUCGCGAGGACCUUAUUGCAGGCAUAGAUGAGUUUUUGGAUGAGGUGAUUGUGCUUCCACCUGGAGAAUGGGAUCCCAAAAUCCGGAUUGAGCCACCCAAGAAAGUCCCCUCCGCUGACAAAAGGAAGUCGGUGUUUUCUCUAAAUGAUCUUGGGCAGAUGAACGGUACAGCUGGCGGAGGAGGAGGCCUGACUGAGGACGAAGAGAUGCCAGUACAGCAUGAGCUCGGAGAGGAGCUGGCAUUCACUGGACGCUUCUGUGGCGGUCUGUUCCUGGACAUAAAGAGGAAAUUGCCAUGGGUGCCUAGUGAUAUCUAUGAGGGUUUCCACAUUCAGUCCAUUUCCGCUGUGCUCUUCAUCUACUUGGGGUGCAUCACCAAUGCCAUCACCUUUGGUGGCCUGCUGGGAGAUGCCACUGACAACUACCAGGGUGUAAUGGAGAGUUUCCUGGGUACAGCUCUGGCUGGCUCUGUGUUCUGUCUCUUCAGCGGCCAGCCACUCAUCAUCCUCAGCUCCACCGGACCCAUCCUCAUCUUUGAAAAGCUCCUGUAUGAAUUCAGCAAGAACAACGGUAUAGACUACAUGGAGCUGCGUCUGUGGAUCGGUAUGCACUCCUGCCUGCAGUGUUUCAUCCUGGUGGCCACCGACGCCAGUUACAUCAUCAAAUACAUGACGCGCUUCACUGAGGAGGGCUUCUCCAGCCUCAUCUCCUUCAUCUUCAUCUCUGACGCCAUUAAGAAGAUGGUGGGCUCUUUCAAAUACUACCCAAUCAACACCGACUUCAAGCCUGACUACGUCACCGCCUACAAGUGCGAGUGCCUGGCCCCGGACCCAGUUCCAAUACCAGAUAACAGCUCUAGUGUCUCUGGGUUGAAUGUGACAGCUCUGGACUGGAGCCAGCUGAGUAAGAAGGAGUGUCUGAAGUACGGAGGAUCUCUGGUGGGGAACACCUGCAAGUACGUCCCCGAUCUGGCCCUCAUGUCCUUCAUCCUCUUCUUUGGCACCUACUCCAUGACUGUGUCCCUCAAGAAGUUCAAGUUCAGCCGAUACUUCCCCACCAAGUUGAGGAAACUCAUCAGUGACUUCUCCAUCUUCAUGUCCAUCAUGACGUUCGUGGGGCUUGACAUGUUGAUAGGUCUCAAAACUCCCAAGCUAAUCGUCCCAACAGAAUUUAAGCCAACUCGGCCGGGUCGCGGCUGGCUGGUGAUGCCGUUUAGUAAGAACCCGUGGUGGGUUUAUGUGGCCAGCUUUGUCCCCGCCCUCCUCGUCACCAUCCUCAUCUUCAUGGACCAGCAGAUCAGCGCUGUCAUUGUCAACCGCAAGGAGAACAAACUUAAAAAAGGUUGCGGCUACCAUCUGGAUCUGUUCUGGGUGGGGGUCCUGAUGGCUGUCUGCUCCUUCUUAGGCCUUCCCUGGUACGUCGCCGCCACCGUCAUCUCCAUCGCCCACAUCGACUCUCUGAAGAUGGAGAGCGAGUCCAGCGCUCCCGGAGAGCAGCCUCAGUUCCUCGGGGUCAGAGAACAAAGAAUGACUGGCAUUUUGGUGUUUGUUCUCACCGGAGUCUCCAUCUUCCUCGCUCCAGUACUUAAGUUCAUCCCCAUGCCUGUGCUGUAUGGUGUCUUCCUCUACAUGGGUGUAGCUUCGCUCAGUGGAAUCCAGUUCUGGGACAGGAUCAAGUUGUACAUGAUGCCGUCCAAGCACCAGCCGGACUUCUCCUUUCUGCGCCACGUUCCUCUGAGGAAGGUCCACCUGUUCACGCUCAUCCAGAUUAUAUGUCUGGCUGUGCUCUGGGUCCUCAAAUCCACCUUCUUGGCUAUCAUCUUCCCAGUUAUGAUCCUGGGUCUGAUGGUGGUCCGGAAGAUGUUGGACAUGGUCUUCUCCCAGCAUGACCUGGCCUGGCUCGACGACUUGCUGCCUGACAAAGAGAAGAAGAAGAAGAGUGACGCCGAAAAGAAGGGGAAGGAUAAGGAGAAGAAGAAGCCUAAACCAGAUAAUAGCGAGGAUGAGGAAAAGUUCCACUCCUAUUCAAACCAUUCGCCCAGCUCAGAGUCGGACUUGGAUCGCAGCAUCACCCUCCACCUGAAGAUCUCCUGCCCGUCGUCUCCGGCCAUGCCCAUGGGCCGAGGGAUGGCCUGCCCCGUGCCCCAGGUCAAGAUCGAGAUGGAGUCGGACUACGACUCGGACAUCGACCCCCACCGGCCCCGCGACAUGAGCAGUGAGACCACGUUAUAA